GGUUCCAUGGGAUUAAAAAUUUUAGUUUGGAACUGUACUAUGUUACUAAAACAUUUUUUGAAGUAAAUAAUCUCAUUAAUGGCAAGUUUAAGGCCUAGGGUUAUCCGAUUAGCUUUCGAUCUGCUUUUCUCAGUUCUAUAUCUUUUUCUUUCUUUAUUUUUUGUGCAGGUAAUCACUGAAGGUCAAAGUAAGGAACAAGAUCAUCUCUGCAAUAAAGACUUAUUUUUCCAAUUCUUUGUAAUUAAAGACAAAAAUUUUGAGAUCAGUGGCAUGAAAAAGUGUUCUCUAAACGAUAGAUGUCAUUUACAAAAUAUACAAUAUCGCUUAGCUGAACAUGGAGGCGAUUAUUAUUUCGUUAUCCAGGCGUCGAAUCUGACUGUUCAGAACGGUUCAGAAUGUUGGGGUUAUUACCUGAAGAUUAUUUCGCGUAACGGAACAAAGUUUGAACAUAAAUAUCUAAAUUUCGACACACAAAAGAAGGAAACGGAGUAUCAUACAAAUUUCAAAUCACAACCGACAGAAUUUACUGUUUCCAUUACAUCCAUACCAUCUGGUCGUACAAAAAAAAUCUUUAUCAAUGGAAUAAAUAAAUGUGAAGGCAAAAUUGUAAGCCGAAUUGAAACAGUUUUAGAGAAAUCCAAAGACACUUUUGGCAAUUGUUCAACGUUGUCUCUUUAUCCUCAAAAGUUUCGUGUUGCUAGAGAAGUUUGUCAACUCAACCCAACAAAUUUCUCAAGACAGUAUCAAGAUGUAGAUAAUAUCAUUAUGUCUUUAAACAGAACAUGUGAUUUGUAUCAAGCGCUUUCUCAACUCCACGUGCAGCACAAAUACAAUGAAAGUGCAGGUUUCGUUUGCAGUAAAAUAUGGUUCAUGAAGAAGUAUGUGAAUCAAGGUAAACCAUACAGUGUGACUAAACUCCAAUACGACUACAUCCGUUCAAUAUGCCAACGCACCUGCGAUGAGGCUAUUCUUACAGUAUCAUAUACAUCAGAUAACAAUAGUCGCUAUGCAUAUAUGAUUGGUGCUACAGGAUUGACUCAUGAAAGAAAUAGAGAAUGCUGGGGAUACUUACUGACAAUAGAAGAUUUAGACGGAAAAAAAUCAAAAAUUACUUAUAUAAAUUUUGACAAAGAACAAAAAGAAAUCUUUCUUAUGCCUUUACCACUGCGUAACUAUCACAUCAAAUUGUUGUCCAUACCUGCUAUGAAAGAACCGGGUGUUCAAUUACCCUAUCUAGAUCAGUGUGAAAGAAUAAUAAUGGCUAAUACGCUGACCUGGUCCAGAAAACUGCGUUGCAACAAGGGCAUAACAGUUCCCAUAUUUGGAUCUCUCUUAAAGACCUUUAUUGCACCUAUCUGUAAAAAAUAUCUGAAGAAUACAGAAGAGGCUAAGAAGGAAGUUAACCGUUACUUAGAAAACAAUAAAAAACCAUGUUCGUUCAUUUAUGAACCGGGAUGGGAUGAAAAAACAACAAUAACUACAACCACACUAGCUUUAGUUAGCACAACUGUCGCCAUAUUUAUUUUGAUUAUAUUUAUUCUGGUUAUUCGAUAUAUAAGAAACCAAAGAAGAAGAAGAAUCACAUCGAAUGAAGAUAGUGCUCGUGAUAAUCUAGUGACUCUACAAGACUUUAAUAUAGAUACAGACAUCCCCUCUGUGAUGAUACUCAGCCGACCUGGUUGUGAAUUGUUGGAAAGUCUUUUACGUGAUCUGGCAUGUAUCCUGACAUCCUACUGUGUCAAAGUAAAGUUGGCUUUACUUGAUCAAAAUGAGGUGGAUGCAGAAGGCGGAAUCUCAUCUUAUAUGCAACGAAAUCUGGACAGUUGUGAUUACAUUCUUAUAAUGUUUACAGAAAACACACAAGAAAAAGCUUUGCCGAAGCACAAACCCUAUGAAUUUGCCCUGCGAGUUAUCAGUGGCUUGGCGUACCAUAAUAACAGUUGUUCCCGUUACAUUCCAAUGUAUCUCACGAGCUACAACGAAGCUGUUCAUUUGCUCCCAUCUUUUCUAAACGCAUCAACGAGUUUUGGCUAUCGAAUACCAAAAGAUACCUACAAACUGAUUUGCAGAAUCUUUAAUCUUGAGAGACUAACACAAACAAAUGAGCGGCAAGCUAAGGAUAACUAUUUUAUUGAUCGAAUGAAAUCAACAGCAAAACUAAUCGUUGAUAGCCACCAUGAAACAUGCUGUUCCAUCAAUUGCACCAAGGGUCAACUCUAUGACAGUGUGAGUAACUUGUCUUCCAUAUGGGCGUCCACGGCAAAUUCAAAAUACGGCUGUUCCCCGAGACAUACAAUCGACGAAAAUACGCCGUCAUUUAAUAUCUCAAACAACAACGAAAUUUUAAACAACAAUGGUGUCGUAAACUCGAUGAUUCAAACUUUUAAUAAUAUUAGUCACAGUAAUAUAUCGGUCACGCAAAUAGUUAACAAACACAUUAAUUAUCCAAUGAAAACACACUUGCCAUGCAAACGAUCUUAUUCUUCGGAAGAUUAACUACUGUUGGAUAAAACUUGUAAAAUCCUCCGAGGAUAAACGAAAGUAGUGUUUUGUAAGUUCACUGAAAUGAACAAUCUGCUUUGAGUAGAUGUUCUUUUACGGUACCAAUAAGAACUUGAAUUGAAGAGGGUAUGGUGUAAUUUGUUUUUGCAUUAUAAUUUAAACAACAUUUUUUAUGAUUCGUUUUUGCUUUUAUGGACUAAAAUUCACAAAAGGCCUGUUUACAUAUGCAUGCAUUUCUUUUCUCUUUCUAUCCUUUUCUUUUUUUUUCUAUGUCAACUUCGAGUCCCACGACCUUCAAACAAAACUUGUGACUAUGUUCAAUCCGCGUAGAAAAGGAUUCUUUUAAAUCGUGCUUUAAUGUUGUUAGCUAGCUACCUUUUACAACAAUUAUAAUUUUUUAUUAUUAAAUUAAUUUUGUCGUUUUGUAUUUUUUAAAUAGCGUGGUUAAAGGAUACUGGAAAGAAAAUUUGAAAUACUACAAAACUUAUUUCUUUAUUAUUACAAGCUCGUGAGCUUGUAUUAAAACGCAAAUUUGUCCUACAAGAAUGGAAAUUUUUGCCUCUCUGAGCACCGACACGGGAGUAGUCGUGUGUUCGAAUCUCAUCUUGGUCACUAUUUUUACUUUUUUUUUUCUUUUCACUAUCUUGCCUGCGAGGGUGUGUUUCCAACUCGUAACUAACUAACCAAAUGGUCAAUCGCAACGUCACAGAUUUAAACUUCGUAACUAAACUCUCUAAGUACUUGGAAUUCAUCUAAAUGACAUUUCAGGCCAAAAUUGGUAUUAUUUUCGACAAAAUUUGGCACAGUUAACAAAAAAAUUAUGAUUGUGACAUCAUAAUUUGGAUUUUUCUCACCUAAAUGUCAUUUUAGGCCAAAAUUUGUCUGAAAAUUAAAAUUACUUUAUUUUCGACAAAGUUAAAGAAAAGUAUGCCGAACAUGAUGGUGCUAUCAAAGUUUUGCUUAAUGUCAUUU